CUUACGUGCUUUCGGUUUAUUUAUUCGAGUCAGAUUAAGUCAUUGGAUGUACGUUAGCCAACGAAGUAAACGAUGUGACACGUGCUAUUUAAAUCAGAACACGCUGUUACAAAUUAACAUGUUAAGAUUUAUUUACGUCCAUUACUGUCACGUAAUUGCCUCCCUUUUUUUUAAACUGUACAGAUCAGAAAAAGUAACCGUCGAUUAUUCAUCUCUCUCUCAUUUAACGCUAUCGUGGUAUCAUCCAGUCCACUGGAGGGCAGCAACAUGGAAAACGUCAAAAUAUCCUGCAUCCGCUCAAGAUGACACUGUCAACAUCAACGAUCAUAUUGCUACAAUAACACCGUCCUUUUUUCGCCUUAUUCCGCUGUUUUUUUUCUGAGGAAUUCGUAGUGCGAGGAUCGUUUUUAUAAGGGUGAUUAUUUUCACCGCGCUCAUUCACUGGAUCAAGGUGUCCUCGAGGCGACAGGACGAUGUCAGAAGCACUUUUCCUCACAUUCCAGUCUCAGCUCUCCGUUGUCAUGGAGACCGUCCUCAAGUCAGCCAUGUUUGAGAUAACCAGGCUGGUGGAAGACAGCUUCCUCGAGGAAGUGGGUCAUCGUAAACAGGAGGUGGAGGUCUUGAAACGAAGGUUGCAGUUGUCUGAGAGUAAACUGAGGGAGAGAGAGAGGGAAUGGGAACGGGGGAGGAAGACGCGGUGCCCGGACUGCGGCCGAACAGGAGAGCCCAGCAGCAGAGAUGAGAGCCAGCCUGUAGAGACAGUCCGUGGAUCAGACAGCCUUUGUUUAGGCCUAAGCCUGAGAGAUCAGCCUACCAAUCAACCUACUCUGACUGAAGAAGUGUGGAGUGCCAGACAGCGCCUGGAGUCUACCAAACAAACAACAGCACACUCACACUCCAAAGAGAAGAAUGAUGUACACAGGCAGAAUGCAAAAGAGAUCGUCACGCCUAACUCCAAUGCACAAAUUCACCAGGAUUUUUUGCAGAGGAUUCUGGGCAAUGCACCCGUUCACAGUGAGUCCACUAGUGACUUCAAACCCAGAGCGAGCAGUUUAGACAAAUCCGACAAAAACUUUACUCUCGAUAAGGACAUGGAAUCGAACCACUCAAGACUGUCACAAAGUCCUUCGGCUCAGGAUGCGCACGAGGACUUGCCGUCGUCUUCGCCAAACGGCAGAGUAAAAACAGAAACGGAGCUGGAUCUUCUCCCUGUCAAGGAGGAAGAAGAGAUGGUUCCGGUGUGGGACAGCGUCAGCAGAGAUGACGGAUGCAAUGCAGAAAUGGCUGAUACGAGUCAGGGAGAGCUCAGAGGACCUUGUGAUCAGGAGGAGAUACAGAUCAGUCGAAGGUUUGCAGAACACGGUUCUACAGAACAAGGAAAUUUACACCCCAUAAACAAGCAGAGGACAUUCAGCGUUGUGGCCAGGGAGAUCCUGACUCAGUUCCAGGUAUGGCAGAGGGCCUGCUAUAGCAGGAACAUUGAGUGGGGUCCAAUCACAGCCAAGAUAAUUUCUGCGUUGCCGCAGUUGUAUGGUCGGGAGGCAGAGGUGAUCGUAAGAUGUACUAAGAUGCUACACAACCGCAGGGAUUACCUUCGAAGGAGAGCGAAGGUUAGAGUUCACAGGCACAAAAAACUGAAUCUCCUAAAGGUGCAGUGUGUAGAUUUUAGCGGCAUAUAGCGCUUGAGAUUGUGAAUUGCAACCUGACCCCCCCCUUUAGAGAAGCUACGGUGCUGAUACAGGACUAAGACGCCGUAGUCUGAGACAGCGGAGAUAGCCAGAAAUCAGGUUUCUUUACAGAGGUAAAUUAAGGAAUUAUAUUUACUUAUUAUUCAAUAAAUUAAUACGUUAUUGCAGAUAUUAUUGUUACUUGUUCAUUAUUUUGUGUUAGUGUUGUAUUCGUAUGAACAACAACGAAACAUGCUCUGUCUGGCCUUAAAGGGAUACAGUACAAAAAUGAUGGCAAUUUCCAUGUAAGGGGACCUGCCAUGUAUGUAGAUAUAAAUAGCUCAUUCUACGUUAAUAAAAACAUAACUGUUCAUUGUAUAAGGUAUUUGUACACCUCUGAAACAGUUACAUACAUUUUAUUACAUUUCUAUCAAUAGAUCCUACUAAAUAUUAUACACUGCACCUUUAAUUGCUUGCAUGACGGUAAAUCAUACAUACAGUGUCUUCUUAUGAUGAAGAUAAUUCCCUAGGGGUUGAAUUGCUUAGAUGUUAUGGAAGAAAGCUAAUUGGAUAACAGAAACAUUGAAAUUGACAUUACAUGUAUAUCACAACAACUUGAAUAAUAGAUAAAUAGACUAAUAGAUUAUUUUAAAUAAAUGUAAAUAAAUGUUUUGAAAAUCCGUCUUGCUAGCAAUGGAUGGUCUACUCAUACAGUGUUUUAAAGAUAGAGUUCACCCCUGAAAAUGAAAAUUCAGAAAAUUGGAACCCAUAAGACCUUCAUUCAUCUUUGGAACAACAAUUAAGAGUUUUGUUUUUUUUGUUUUUUGUUUAUGAAAUCCUAGAGCUUUCUGACCCUGCAUAGAUUGCAACUCAAUUGACAUGAAAUGAAUGAUAUCAUCAGAAUUAAAACUUUUCAUUCAUAAGGUUCACUAGCUUGGUAAUGCUGGUGGAUAGUGGCCAUGAUGGGCAUUGCUUUGUAAAUUGGGUAUAUCCACAUGUGCUGCAUCAUAAAACUAAACUAUAUGCUUUCGGGGGGUUAUUACAUGUCCUGAAGCAGAUAAAUGGGUUUUUGUUACACAAAUAUUUCUAGUUUAAAAUUAUAAGCUAAAUUAUUAUAACUGGUUCCUUGAAAGCUCAAAGUUCCGGCUUCUUGGCUGACUUCUGACUCCAUGUAUGUCGUAAUCCAAUUUAUGGAGCUUCAAAAUCAUGGCCACCAUCCACCAGCACUACUAAGCUUGGAAGAGCCAGGAUAAAUAAAAAAAAAACUGUGACUAUUAUCGUCUGAAAGAAGAACGUCAUAUACUGUUAUUUUCAUUUUUGGGUGAACUAUUCCUAUAAACUGUUUUUGUUUAUGCUUGUUUGUUUGACAGUGCAAAAAGCUAAUUAUUAGAAAAAGACUGCAAUCAACAAUUUUAAUAAUAUGUUAAGUAGAGCACCUGUUUUAAUGGAUUGAACAGAUUAAAGAAAUGUUCUGUAUAUAAUGAAAAAAACACUUUUUCCAUAACCUUCAAAAAAAGUGUAAAAAUAUGUGAAAGGUGAAUAUAAUAUAAUCAUUUUAGGUUAUUAAAUACGUCAUGUGCACAAAAAAUGUAUAUAAACGUCACAUUAUGAAACAGAACAAAAAACACAAGCAAAACGACAAUUGUGUCAAUGAAUGGUCAGCAUAUUGUUAGAAGAGGGCUUUGCUGCAGACUGUAGCAUGAUUAUCUAGUUUAAUCCACUUUCUAAUAAUUUGGCUGGCAUAGGGGCUGUUUUUAACGUGAAUGCGUAAUAAGGGAUUUUGGUGACACACUGGAUGUCUUUAACGCAUAUUGUCAUCAUACUCCAUGACAAGGAUGGACUCAACUCCAACAAGUCAAACAGUAAGUGAAUGAGCACAAUUUGUGUUGUUGAUAUAUUGUUCAUGUAUUUUUAUAUAACACUUGCAUUUUACAUUAGGCCUUUUAGAAUUGACUUACUGAUUUUCCUAACUCUAUGCUAGGUCUUCAUAACACCAUAUAUUGCAGAUGUAAGAAUAUAAUGGAAACAUAGAUUUUAAUGGCAACAAUUUUCAAGCUCAUCAAGCUGAAAUCUUGAUCAUAACAAAUUGUUAGCAGUUUUUAAUUUUCAAAAUGUUGACGUUUUAUUAUUCUUUGUUUAAUUGUAAAUAUUCUUUUUUUAGACACAUAUUACUGUCCUUAGAAAUGGAGAAAACCCCUGUAUCUCUUUUUGUGACAAGUAUCACUGCCCAUUUUGUGAAACCUGGGUCUACAAGCCAAGAGAGUUAUGGAGCAUUGCGAACCACGUCCAGAAUCAUCUGAAGCUGGCUGUUCAGCAGGAUGAUUUCGCUAUUGUCAAAUGUAACCAAAAAUGCAGAGAAUAUGGCCAUUUUCAUUGCUGCUAUUGUCCUGCCACUGUUCUUCGAAGAGCCCAGUUUAAACACAUCUCACAAAAGGCAAGCAGAAGUUCAAUGCCGAAGAGGAACUUGAAGGAACCUGCUCAUUUGAGGAAAGUCCUGAACAUGAGCAGUGUAUUUUUUUUUAAUACUGCUGAUUCACUAGUUUGUAUAUUUAGUUCCCUGAUAGUGAAGGAAUUUGGUGGAUUAUGGAACUGUGAUGUGGAAAUAAAAAUUUCUAAGAAUUA